AAAAGAAGGGAGUGAUCACAGUCAUGAUCCGCUUUAUUCUGAUCCAGAACCGUGCCGGGAAGACCCGCCUGGCCAAAUGGUACAUGCAGUUUGAUGAUGACGAAAAGCAGAAACUGAUUGAGGAGGUCCAUGCUGUGGUCACUGUCAGGGAUGCCAAGCACACCAAUUUUGUGGAGUUUAGGAACUUUAAGAUCAUAUACCGCCGUUAUGCUGGGCUGUAUUUCUGUAUAUGCGUGGACGUGACAGAUAAUAACCUGGCUUAUCUGGAAGCCAUCCACAACUUUGUAGAGGUGUUAAAUGAGUACUUCCAUAAUGUAUGUGAAUUAGAUCUGGUGUUCAAUUUCUACAAGGUGUACACAGUGGUGGAUGAAAUGUUUUUGGCUGGUGAAAUUAGAGAAACAAGUCAGACAAAAGUUUUGAAGCAGCUGCUGAUGCUCCAGUCCCUGGAGUGAGAGUGACUUCUGAGCUGCCAUCCACCUAAACUCUCCAGCAUCUUGUGUAUAUAUAAAUAUAUAUAUGUCUUCCCCUUUCAGUCUUGAAUAACAUUCCAAGCAGGAGCUAAACCUUCUUGCAUUGCCCUCACUAAUUACCUCUGUAUUCUGUUUCAAUUUAUUCAUUAUUAUGUGACCCAUUACUGCCUCUAAUCCAUAACUCUAUAUCCUACCUGCCCCUGUCUCUUUUGUUUUCUCUUCUCAAACAAAUGAAGUUUUUUAACUUUUAAUGUGAAAACAAUAAAAUAUUCUGUGUAUAA